AUGGCAAAGUCGUCUACUUCCAACUACCACCUCGACGAGGAGGAGACGCGAGGUCGCCCAGGCUACUACGACUUUCACGCACCACCGCCUCUGGCCCACGAUAAGCGCACUCUAUCCUACCCGAGCACAAUUGCCUCGUCCACCACGACAGCAUCCUCCACCUCGUCCACCACCAAGCGAGUAACGUCCUGGCUCAAGCCGUCCGUCAAGCCCUCGCCCAAGGUCAAUGUCCACACCACGUGCGGGCGCCACACCGACCAGCUGCUCUUUGGCGGCCCGUCUCUGACAGAGAUGGCCCGCUCCGUCUUCAAAAAGAAGAAUUGA